CAAAUACAUUGGAGAGUAAUAAAGAUUUAGUAGAUAAUGAAUUUUUAUUGGAUGUUCUUAAUUCAAUAUCGCGAGAAAGAAUUCCGGAACGUGUUGUUCAUGCAAAAGAGCAAUAAAAAAACUGUUGGGUUACUUAAGACCCAAUUCAAGCAAUUACGUACGUUGAUCAAUUUUAUUAUACCCAGUUGGGAAAUCGUGUCGGACUCUCCGUGGUCGAAGGAAGGUCACAAUAUUCAAAGCAUUAUAAAGCCUGUGGUGAGGUGUACCGAAGUUGUUGCUCGUUUGCAUAUGACAAGGGAGAAUGUUAGUGGUUCUAGUGGUGUUGGCUGCAGUGGCUGUCGCGGACGAAAGGGACCCCUCAGCACAGCAGAUCAUCAUGUUCAAAGAGAAGACGACGGGUCCAAUUGGUAUAGUGACAACUAGCGCUGGAGCACCCGUUCCUCACAGCGAAGCAUUAAAUACGCUCAACACGAGGCUUCUUAAUAACGAAUUUUUCAUGGAUACCAUGACACAUCUGGUCCGAGAAAGAAUUCCCGAGCGUGUGGUUCACGCGAAGGCUGGCGGAGCCUUUGGAUAUUUUGAAGUAACACACGACAUUUCACAUAUUUGUAAAGCUAAAUUAUUCAGCAAGAUCGGAAAGAAGACACCAGUAGCUGCCAGAUUUUCGCCAGUCGUCGUAGAAAGAGGCGGCAGUGAUACAUCUCGAGACCCUAGAGGUUAUGCUGUGAAGUUUUAUACUGAAGAAGGAAAUUUCGAUAUAGUAGGCUUCAGUACCCCUAUGUAUGUUUACAAUGAUCCACGCCUGUUCCCUACAUUCGUACGCGCUCAGAAGAAAAACCCAGCCACAAACCUUUUCGAUGCCAAUACUGUAUGGGAUUUCUUAACUCUGCAACCUGAGAGUAUACACAUGUUUUUAUUAAUUUUUGGUGAUCGCGGCAUUCCCGCUAGCUAUAGAAAUAUGCCUGGUUUUGGCAUCCAUACAUACCAAGUUGAAAACGAUCAUGGCGACAUACAUUUUGUCCGAUUCCAUUUCACACCAGAUGCUGGAAUUAAGAACUUAAGAUCAGAGGAAGCCAGAAAAAUCGGAGCCGAAGAUGCGGAUUACCUCACGCGAGAUUUGUAUAAAGCUAUUGGAAAUGGUGAAUUCCCAAGUUGGACUGUCAGCGUGCAGGUUUUAACAUUCGAUGACGUGAAACAUGCUAAUUUUAAUGUGUUCGAUGUCACAAACACUAUUCCUUUAAACGAAUUUCCUUUGAAAGAAGUAGGGAAAAUGGUACUUAAUAAAAAUGCGGUGAAUUAUUUUGCAGAAAUAGAACAAUUAGCAUUCAGUCCAGCGAAUUUAGUUCCCGGUAUUCUUGGAGGCCCAGAUAAAGUCUUCGAAGCACGUCGCUUAGCUUACAGAGAUGCUCAGUAUUACCGUUUGGGGGCAAAUUUCCAUAAAAUUCCGGUGAAUUGUCCUUUCCGCUCCAAAGUUAUGCAAGUUUAUAAUAGGGAUGGUCGAGCUCCAGUUAAGGACAAUGGAAAAGAUAUACCAAAUUAUUUUCCGAACUCUUACAACGGCCCCGUUCCCUAUGAUGACAAAAAUAGAACACCAUUAAUUGAAAUUACAGAACCUGAACCUAAUAACUUCAGACAAGCAACUGAGUUGUAUAUGAAUGAGAUGACCAAAGAGGAACGCAGUAGACUGGUUGAAAACGUACUCUACAGUUUAGGGUCUGCUGCCAGUUUUCUUCAAGAAAGAGCAGUUAAAAUCUUUAGCAUCAUACAUCCGGAUUUAGGUUACCGAAUAGAGCAAGGCUUGCGAUCAAAUAAAACUAAGCAGUAUCAUGAUUCUUAUCAGCAUUAUUAG